GAUGAUCGCGGCAGCUUUCCAAUCUUUGGGAAUCUCAGACGAUACGAGAAUCCCUAGUUAUCUUUCUGUCCUCCCUAACUGUGCACUUGUUCACUAUCCCUUAACUGAUUUGAAAGGAAAUGGCUGUUAUGAAACAUAUGGUGGAUUCUCCCACUAGCCCAUGACUCCACCAAUCCAAUGCCGUUUUUGUUCUCUUUGGUACAAUUUUCAUAAAUAUGUUGUAGAUUUUCGUAACUGUAAGUACAACGAUGUUCCUGUCAUUUGUUAACAAUACAUUUAACUAUAAUUUAAUCAAACUGCUAAAAACUGAAUUACGAAAGCAAAAUUAUAAAGUGUCAAGUUUACGUACACUAUUAAAAAAAAUAUGAAAUUUGAAAUGAUGGUGUAGAAAUACUUGGGUGUGAAAUUACAGUUUAUUCCACUCAUUAUCUGAAUGUCGUUGAUUUUUAGAUGUGGCUGCUGUUACAGUAACAAGUCACAUAGAAAAGUGGAUCUUGAACAAUGUUGCAUGGGGCAGAAAUUUCACCAGGCUACACCAAUACCUUUUUACUGUAGGUUUCUACUACAUGUUACAAUACCCCUAUAUCUGAUGGUUACUUCUAUGUAUGUACUGUAUAAGAAUACUGAAACUAUGAGACUGACAUUUUUCUCAACAUUCUCCAAGUGGGAUAACGAGCAGCAGUAGUUCUGGUGUUUAGGUUUUUCAUCAUUGGUUAUUUGAACCAAUCAUGAUUUCGCAGGUGUUACCAUCUUUCACACGUUGGAAGGGGAGGCGACAUUCGGCCCGUAUCUUGAAAGGGGGGGUGGAGCUUUUCGAUUCGGUUCUGCUCUUUGUUCUACCAUCAAGUUUUAUACGUUUUUACAUUUUGUAAAAAAUAUUCAAAUUCCAUUUUGAAAAAUUUGCCAAAGUGAAAUAUACAAGACAUUUGUGGAAAGUAAUGAACGAUGACACACUUCAGGAGAAAGGAGGUAUUAUAAGGAUGCAGCCAUCAAUCAGAGAUUUGGACUAAAGUAAAAAAACAAAUUGGUCUAAUGAUAUUCUAUGUACAAUACUUCCUGUGGUCACCAGGACAGAGCUAGCCCGUCCCCCUCCAACCUGCCAGAGUCCCCUGGUCACAACUCUCCUGGUAGCAUCUUACUGCUGGAUCUGAAGAUGUUGUCUGUGCGGCUGGUCGACUGCAGGAAAACACCAGGGCAGAGUGGAACUGUGAGAGAAGGACACGAGGAGGGAGAUUUGAUUUCAUCAAGGGAAUCACCGUACCAUUGUUCUCUCAGUGGGAGGGGCUUAUCAUCUGGUGCGCUUCAACAACAUCAUGUUGCUGACGAGACAGAGAAGAGUGUCUCCAGAUCAGAACAUCUCAAGAACCACCAGCAGGGACGUACAGGGAAGAAACAUCACCACUGCUGCUCUGACUGUGGGAAGAGUUUCACAAGCCAGAGUGGCUUCAUUAUUCACUGUGAUCAGUGUGCGAAGAGUUUUGCUGCAUCUAACACCUUCAAAUCUAAUGACAGAGCUAGUCCGUCCCCCUCCAACCUGCCAGAGUCCCCUGGUCACAACUCUCCUGGUAGCGCCUUACUGCUGGAUCUGAAGAGGGAGUCUGUGCGGCUGGUCGACUGCAGGAAGACACCAGGGCAGAGUGGAACUGUGAGAGAAGGACACGAGGAGGGAGAUGGAGAUUUGAUUUCAUCAAGGGACACACACUGUUGUUCUCUCAGUGGGAGGGGCUUAUCAUCUGGGGAGCCUCAACAACAUCCUGUUGCUGACGAGACAGAGAAGAGUGUCUCCAGAUCAGAACAUCUCAAGAAACACCAGCAGGGACGUACAGGGAAGAAACAUCACCACUGCUGCUCUGACUGUGGGAAGAGUUUCACAAGCCAGAGUGGCUUCAUUAUUCACUGUGAUCAGUGUGGGAAGAGUUUUGCUGCAUCUAACACCUUCAAAUCUAAUGUAAGAAUUCAUGAAGGGGAGAAGCCUUACCUCUGUCUUGAUUGUGGGAAAAGCUUUGUUAGUGCAGGAGCCUUAACCAUACACCAGCGUGUACACACUGGAGAGAAGCCUUAUAGCUGUGAUCAGUGUGGAAAGAGCUUCAAUCAGUCAUGCAACCUGACUACACACCAGCGAACACACACUGGCGAGAAGCCUUAUAGCUGUGAUCAGUGUGGAAAGAGCUUUUCUCAAUCAGUAUCCCGGAAUAUACACCAGCGAAUACACACAGGAGAGAAGCCUUAUAGCUGUGAUCAGUGUGGGAAGAGCUUUGCUCGAUCAGAAAAACUAACUACACACCAGCGCAUACACACUGGAGAGAAGCCUUAUAGCUGUGGUCAGUGUGGGAAGAGCUUUGCUUUAUCAGAACACCUAACCAUACACCAGCGUGUACACACAGGAGAGAAGCCUUAUAGCUGUGGUCAGUGUGGGAAGAGCUUUACUGUAGUUUUCUCCCUGACUGUACACCAGCGAACACACACUGGAGAGAAGCCUUAUAGCUGUGAUCAGUGUGGAAAGAGCUUUGCUGUAUCAGGAAAACUAACUAGACACCAGCGAAUACACACAGGAGAGAAGCCUUAUAGCUGUGGUCAGUGUGGGAAGAGCUUUUCUCAAUCAGUAAACCGGAAUUUACACCAGCUAACACACACAGAAGAGAAGCCUUAUAGCUGUGGUCAGUGUGGGAAGAGCUUUUCUCAAUCAGUAAACCGGAAUGUACACCAGCGAACACACACAGGAGAGAAACCUUAUAGCUGUGAUCAGUGUGGAAAGAGCUUUUCUGUAGUUUCCUCCCUGAUCAGACACCGGGCAACACACACUGGAGAGAAGCCUUAUAGCUGUGAUCAGUGUGGGAAGAGCUUUGCUCGAUCAGAAAAACUAACUACACACCAGCGCAGACACACUGGAGAGAAGCCUUAUAGCUGUGGUCAGUGUGGAAAGAGCUUUGCUUUAUCAGAACACCUAACCAUACACCAGCGUGUACACACAGGAGAGAAGCCUUAUAGCUGUGAUCAGUGUGGGAAGACCUUUGCUGCAGGUUCCACCCUGACUAGACACCAGCGAACACACACUGGAGAGAAGCCUUAUAUCUGUGGUCAGUGUGGGAAGAGCUUUGCUGCAGGUUCCACCCUGACUAGACACCAGCGAACACACACUGUAGAGAAACCUUAUAGCUCUGAUCAGUGUGGGAAGAGCUUUAAUCAGUCAGGGACCCUGAAAUCACACAAGCUAACACACGCUGGUGAGAAAGAAGCCUUAUUCCUGUGAUCAGUGUGGGAAUUGUUUCAGUCAGUUAUGGACCCUUUAUUCACACCAGUGAACACACACUGCAGAAGGAACCUUAUGUCUGUCUAUGUGGGAAGAGCUUUGUUUAUUUAGGGCCAAUGAGAAAAAAACAGAAAGCACAAACUUGCUGUAUUUCAUCUCCCUCCCUUCUGGCACCGGUUCCAGAUCCCUAAAUAAAGGUUCAGUAGAAAACAUCCAGUGAACAGUCAUAUCCAUCUCCCAUUCUUAAACAGUUGCCUCAGUCUGAUCACCAUGGUAACCUCUGUGCAGCAUAAUAUGCAGCUCUGAUCUAGGAUCAGGUCUCCCCUGUGUCUAUGUAAUAUCACACAAUGAUCUAAAUGGAUAAAUGUUAUCAUAGGAAAUGUUAUAGGUAACCUGUGUGUGUGUGUGUGUGGGAGGGAUGUUGAUAGUUGUAUAUUCUUCCAUAUACUCAUGAUACUAUUAUUAUGAAAUGUCAUUAUGUAGAAUAGUGUUUCAACAAUAGGUGUAUAUUCAUUUAUUCAAUUGAUCAAUACAUUCAAUCCAUUAUCUUCUAAACAAGAAGUUAUCACUUAAAUUGUGUAUUUUAUAAAUCUGUAUUGAUUAAAAUGAUCCUAAAUCUAAUCCAUAAUAUAUUGGAUAAUUAUUUCCAUGAGUUCCAAGGCAAGAACUAUGUAUACUGUGUCUUGUAAGAACGGUUAAUGUAAUAACUUUUUGAUUUAUAAUGUAAUAAAACCGGUAAAUGUAAUAUCUUGUUGGUUUAUCUGAUAAAAUGUUGAAUUGUUGUCGUAAUAACCUUUUCCACUUAAUGUAAUAAGUUAUUGGUAUCAGGUAACAACUUUUUAAAAUUAAUAACGUAAUAACUUCAACCGAUCAUGUAAUAACACCUAAACCAAUGUUUAAUGUGUUACUUCACCAAUGUUAAUGCACAUACCACCCUCCACCAAUUACAAACCCACACACACAAACCUAUGCACUUGUACUCUUACACAAACAAGUACUCAGUUAUAGACACAUGUAUUGAUUUAAUAUUUUUUAAAUUAACAAUUCAUCGGUCGUUCUUAUAGUCAAUGAGACAGGGGGCUCGGUCAGGCAAGAGGAAGGAGGAUUGGGAAACUGCAAAUAACAAUAAGCUGAACUCCGCCUAGCAGAAACAUCUUUGUAUUAGCAACUAUUCAUUAUUAGUUUAUAUUGUAUUAAAGUUAAGGGAUGUCACCCUGGGCGGGGUGAACCAUAGUAGGGGAUAAAAAGAGAAAACACCAUCUUGAGAACUGAGUGUCUUGUUUGUAAAUUGCUGUAAGUGUAAACUCCGGGUUGCAAACCUUAUUAAACAAACUAACCUCUG